UUGCCAUGAAAUUUCAAAUCGGCUUCAAGUCACCUGUUCUGCCCGACUUUUUGUAUCGAAAUGACUCGUCUCACGGACCCGGAGAAAAGCGACAGGCAGCAAAAGGAGCUGGUGCGGAAGCGCGGCGGGAGUCUCAUGAGGAAGGCCGAGCAACUGGGGAGGCUUGGCGAGAUCUUUGUAUUUACCGUUUUCUAUGAUCCACUCUAUGGCUACGACGGCAUUGUCAACAUCCCCGAGGGCUUUGAAGAACCAAACAUAAAAAAAAUGUACGAAAUGCUGCGCGACGGUUACAGACCUCCCCGAAGAACAAGACGGCGCUGUCCACAUUCGUCGUCACAGCGGCCGAAAGAGCCCCAAAAACAGCCCCAAGAGACUACGCUGGAUGAGAUCACAGUCGAGCCAAGUAACGGAAACUGCUUGCAACAGGACGACAGCGACUCCUCAACAGGGGAAGCUGGCAACCAGGAGACCAAUAAGCCACAGGCAUACUCGAACGGAACAUCUGAGAUUGAUGCUCCCCAUGAGGUGGAUGACGAUUUCGAAACCCUCUUUGGGCAGAUGGAUACUUGCAAUGACUUGAAAAAAGAAAAUUUUCAGCUACCGAAUAGCCUCGAUACGUUCCGCUUCGGUGCGGAACUCAAGGCCCAGUUUCAAAUCCCCUUCCCUCCGCCAUUUCAACCUAUUCUGAUAGAGCACAAUAGAGCCGUCCAGCUCGCCAUCCAUAACAUCCUUCAUAUUCGUUCUCCCAGGUGCAGUUAG